AAGCCGCUCGCAGAGGCAGGAAGCCAGAGGGUGUGGUGCCGGAGCGCAGCUGGAGGGAGUCAUCUCGGUGCCAGACGAGAAGUGAGUCAGAGGCACAGAGUUGGAGGUACAAAGUCGCCCGCGAUGACAGCCCAGAGGCUCACGCCUUCGCUGCUGCUGCUGCUGCUGGUGGUGGUCGCGGGCGCUGGGGGCGCCCGGUGGCGCGGAGAAGGUACCACCAGGCACCUAGAGAGCAUCAUCCGGGGCCGCUGCGCGGAGUACGUCGCCCGGCUGAAUCCGGACCAGCGGGACAAGAACUGCACAGCUCUCUGGGAGGCCUUUAGAAUGGUGCUGCUGCGGAAGGAUCCUUGUUCCGUAUUUCCCUCAGACUACGACCUGUUUAUUAACCUCUCCAGACAUUCCAUUCCCCGAGACAAGUCCUUGUUCUGGGAAAACAACCACCUCCUUGUCAUGAGCUAUACAGAGAGUGGCCAUCGCUUGAUGCCUCUGUGCAAUGUUCUGUAUGGGAGGAUUGGCGAUUUUCUGAGCUGGUGUCGACAGGAAAAUGGCUCCGGACUCGAUUACCAGUCCUGCCCUUCAUCAGAAGAUUGUGAAAACAACGCCGUGGAUUCUUUCUGGAGAAGGGCGUCUAUGCAGUAUUCAAGAGAUAGUUCUGGGGUGAUCCAUGUCAUGCUGAAUGGUUCAGAACCAGCAGGAGCCUAUCCCGAUAAAGGUUUUUUUGCAGAUUUUGAAAUUCCCUAUUUCCAGAAAGAUAAAAUCACACGAAUUGAGGUCUGGGUUAUGCAUGAUAUCGGAAGACCAAAAGUGGACUCCUGUGGAGAAGGCAGUGUGAAAACCCUGGAAGACAGACUGAGGAAAAUGGGUUUUCAGUACAGCUGUAUUAACGAUCACCCACCAGUGAAGCUCUUACAGUGUGUGGACCACAGCACCCAUCCUGACUGUGCCUUGAAAUCAGGAGAAAAGGGGAACCGUGAGAGCUUUCUUUACUUGGCCAAGAUCCCACAGCUUCGGCGCCCCUGAGCAGUCCUCCUGGUCCGGGUGGCAGCCAGCUUGAGCUGAAGCAGCAACACGAACUUCGCCUCCUCAAGAACGGACACAUCCCGCACCAGCACUCAGUGGGUCCUUCGUGCAUGUCUGCUGAGUGGGGGGGUAAAUGAUUUGACCUCAUGGAAGGCCCCAGAGCACAAGAAGGAAUAGGCAGGCCUGUGGGAGAACUGGGUCCUAGUCUUCUUUGUUUUGUUCUGGGUCUCUGUGGUAGCCACCCUAAAUUUGUCAUUCCCUCUCACACAAGAGACUUGAUAACAAGGGACUUUUGGAAACAAAAAGGAAAUGGGAGAAACCACAGUGGUGAGGAUACUGACUGCUCAGCAAAUCCAAAGACACAAGUCACUUUAGCCCCCCACAGGGAGGAGGCCAACACCUCCAGGGGCUCUGACAGGAGCGCACAAGGCUUACUCGGUCUGUGUCAGUGUCCCCAGAAAGCUUCAGAAGUAACAGGAUAAUAUAGAAGCCCAAUCUGAAAAGGAAUUUCAGCCACUUGAGAAAAAGUGUAACCGUGUGUGAGGCCUUUCUUGCUAAGAUAUCUGAACUGCCUGGUGCACCCUUCAAGGUAGUGGAGGGACAUUCACAGAGACUGGAGAAUGUGGGAGUGUUCACCAGGGAGGACCCAAUUUUGAAGCAAGUGAUGACGCUGGUAAAUAAAAAAGGAGAAAAAGAAUGAGAACCACCCGUCCCGAAACAAUCCUGAACAUUGGUUGAUUUAAAAUAUAUUUGGGAAGACAAAGGAAUCUGAUCAAAAAGCAUGAUGACCCUUUUCUGAUGGUUUUCAAAGAUGGGAAGUAGGAGUCACAUCUUGGCUGCCUGAUAGGUUCCAUGUCUGAAAUUCACUCUGAACACAAUUGUUAUGGACCGCCUUGUGUCCACCCAAAACUCACAUUUUGUUAUGGCGUCCCCAGCAAACCAAUACUGAAAGAAUAUGUCAAAAGUAAAGUGUAGAGGUCAAUACCUGCUGAAGUGAAAUCCGUCUUCCUUGAUUCCUUCUUUCAUAAGACAGUGAAAAUUAGGGUCUGCAAAGGGUGCCAAAGAGAUGCAGGUGAAGAGAGUGUCAAUUUGAGAAGUACUCGUGAUCCUACUCCACGUGGGGCAGUCCAAAGCAGAGCUGAGCCAGCAACUAGUGCUUGUUCUUCUAUUUAUUCAGUCUUUCUGCAAUUCCCCAGUGCAGAAAGUGGAACUCAUGGAAACGCGUCUUCGUCGAAAACCUUGCAGUUGCUGGAACCUAAUUGACAGUCUUGUGGAACACAAAGUCCAGCCUCACACUUGACAGGGGACAUUUGGCACCAAGGAAAAGGGUGACCCGAAAGCCCGUGCUGGCCAGCAGGGCACAACUAUUGUUGAAACCGGGAAACUGCCUUUUUGAGCUCUGGCGGGGCUUCUGAGUAUUCACAUUAAUAACCAGAGAAGCAGGUUCUAGAAUCUGAACUUUGCAAAUUUCAAUACAAUUACUCAUUACUUAUAGCCUUAUGUUUUUGUGCUUUCUUGGUCGAGUCUAUCUUAGACUGAUAGACUGUCCCCAUAAUAAGAGAUGUAUAUUUAUUAAAUUACUUAGUAUUUUAGGAAUAUAGUUAUUUCUUUCCUCAAAUGAUACGGAUUGCAGCAGGUUCUCUAAAGCAUAUUUAUUCAUUGCUAUGAUAUUUUUGUCCUUUGAAAAUCAAAUUAUCAGGUAGCUAUUGAAGGGUAGCUGUCAAGAUUACCCAAGCUCUUCAUUGAAAUGACUUAUUUAUUUGCGACAAAUGGAUGUUGAAAAGCCGAUCCAAGCGUGUGUAUUUCCACCUUGCACAGAAGUCGAAGGGGUUUAACUUGGCUUGUUACUUGCUGCACCUGCAUGAGUUUGCUAAAGAAAUAUGACAUGAUUAAUUCUAAGAUGCUUCUUGUAAAAUUUUACUACUUGGGAAUAACUAGCACAUGGUUAAAAGUUCUCAGAAGGGGGCGCCUGGGUGGCACAGCGGUUAAGCGUCUGCCUUCGGCUCAGGGCGUGAUCCCGG